AAAAGUUGUAAUUAGGGUCUGGAGAUACUGCAGGAUCUCUCUUUUAUAUUACUGAAACCGGAAGUAUGGAUCUCAGGGUUCUGCUCCAGGGCCUGCACAGUAUCAUUUGCAAGGAGAAGUUCAGCAGUAGUAGAGUUCUAGAGAAAAUACUUAGUUUAGUAACUACACUUCUAGAACUAGGGAUUUUAGUAAACAAGGAUACAAAACAGGAUGAAGAAGGAAAGAAUGACCUGGAUUCAAUGUCACCACAUUCACUAAUUAUGGACAUAUCAGUCAGGAUUCUUGUACUGCUUGGAUGCCCUCAUAACUGCUUGGAAAGAAACAGUGAUCCUCCUUCUCCCAAACUCAGAAUACAUUGCAUGUCUUUACUCUCCCGUCUGCUCUGGUUCAACAAGAAGGAGUUCAAGGCGUUCAUCUCCCUUAUCAUCUCGCAUAGGUCCGUCCAGUUUCUCAUUGGGUUCUUCCACUCCUAUCUGGGUUUCUGUUCCAGUAUACCCAAUAUGUACUCACCCUGCAGUAAUACUAAACCAAGUUGGAAGAAGAGAGAUGAUAUUCCAUCUCCAGGAUUUAUUGCACCCUUCAAUGAGAACCAUACCAAGGGAACAAAACAGGGUGUUCAGAAUAUAAUUCUAGCAACAGUGUUCAAGAAAAUGAUAGAUAAACUAAUGCUUCAAAAUCAGAUGAUCUGUAAACCAGACAACAUUAUUCUCCAUCAAGAAAUCCGUCAAUUUAUUCUUUUCGUUAAACAGAACCAUGCAGGAGUGUUCAGGCGAGUACUACUGGGCGGAGUAAUUGAGUCCCUCCCCGUCUCAGAGCAAACACAAGUUCAUUCUAAACAGUUUUCAAGGGGAGACCAUCCUGAUUCCCGGGGUUCUCCCUCCACCCUGUAUACAGUAGAGGAUGAUCUGUAUAAAACCCCAAGGAGAAAAUCAUUCUUCAGGAAGAACCAAAGAACUUCCGGUUACUUGAAUGAGACUGAAAGCCCUGCUACCCGAAGUCCUAGUGAGGCAGGUCAUAAGAGAGUUGGAACCCUUCGGGGGGAAGCCGAGUCAGUUCAAAGGAAAACAUCUACUAUUCAAACAGCUUUGAACUGGAUUACUGGGAAGGGAGGGGAGAGAAGUUUAAAGGAUUGCGGAUCCCCUGGAGAUUCACAGAACAAUUUGGUCUCAAGAAAACAGUCCUUCCAUCAGGCCAAGAACAACAAGCUGAGCAAGAACCAAUCCAAGAAUAGCCGAGCAAUCAGAAAAACAUUCGCGGACAAGAUCGGGAUCAAAUCUAGGAGGAAGGAAUUUGAGUUUGAUAAUGCGGAAGAGCUUAGUCUAAAUACAUCCAUAGGAUAUGAUCAUUUUCAGAAGGACCAAGAUCUAAUUUGCAUAAAGGAGAGACGGCUUGUUCCUGAGAUACCAUUACUUAGAGGGUUAUCUCGACUAGUAUUUAUCCUGGAAAAUACAUUUCCUGGACUCUCUCCUGAUCCUCUACUAGUGGGCUCUAUCCUUGAUUUGCCAAAAUCCGCAAUUUUGUCCCGCGCUUGUGUUCUUAUACAUUUGGCACACACAGUACAUGAAUGUAAUAGAGGAAACUGGCCUAUAUGGAUAAAACAGCAGCUUGGAAGCAGGAAUGAGCGCUGUAGAAACCAGUUUACCAUUGGAGGAACAACUCCUAAAGGCGCAAGAAUUCAAAUCCAAGCAGGAAAACUGUUUCAUCAAUGGGGAGAGGCUGUAGGGAACAGGUUGGAUGAUAUCCUUGAAACAGAUGAGAAACAGGAGCCAGGCAUUCAAACAGAAGAGACCAUUAAUAAACAGAUACUUCAGGAUGAGGAUGAAGACUUUAUGGAUGAAGCUAGCGUAAAUCCAGAUGGAGAAAGGUGUCCCAUGGUUCUUAGGAUUGCUGCUUGUCAGGCGACAUGUUUAAUAAGCUAUCAACAAAAUUGA